AUGGUUGGUGCGAGUGAGGUGGGUGGUGAGAGUGGAAUGGUUGGUGAAUGUGGGUUGGGUGGUGAGAAUGAGAUAGUAGGUGUGAGGGAGGUGGGUGGUGAGAGUCGGAUUAGUGUAACCAAACAAUGGAGGCAUCGAGUUAGAAUAGCAGUGACCGUGAAGCCACAGUCGUCAACCGAACUUGGCAAGAUCAACUUUCCAGUAAUGGAUGUAUUGACCCAGCAAGGUUAUGGCAUGCAGAGACUGGUAUAUCCAGAUUAUAACAGAUUGAAGGCAGGAAUGGUCGGUAAUAUAUAUGAAAUAAACGAGAAUCGUGAAGACAUCCUCCGAACGUCAGUGAGCCCUUCCAAUCAAUCGUCACAAACAGCGUCUGUCAGUAAUGCCAGCACAUUAAACCAUAAUGAUUCCAAUAAUGACAAGGAGACAUCUUACGGAUACAAUUUGAAAAAAACAUCACUCGGCAUGUUAAAAACCAAUAUCUCGGAUAGAAUACCGAUUAAGAAGACAUCAUACGUCAAACAAAGUCCCAAUGAAUCACGUAUAAAAACUGCAAAGAUAAAUAAUCAUAUUAAGAAUAAAGGAAAGGUCGUGAAGAUAGUAAGAAAAAAGAAAAUCGUGAAAAAGAAAAUCGCCUCGAAGAAGACUCCGACACAAAAUAAAAUACGAUACAAAAUACUCAAGUACCUUGGAAGUGGUCAGCCACUGACGCUGACAGAUUCAGCCAAGAAGAUACCCAAGCAAGCUACAUGUGCCGUUGUCGGCAACAGUGGCGUUCUUCUGGGCAGCGGUUGUGGUUAUGAAAUAAACUCUAAUGAUUUUGUGAUUCGAGCGAAUAUACCUCUGAUAGAGAACUACAGUAGAGAUGUUGGCAACAAAACUAAUGUUGUUUUAAUAAAUCUGACAAGAGUGCGGGAUCUCUAUAAAUAUGCUCAGAAGAAAAGUUCUUCGCCGAAUCUUCUAGAGAACUAUCGGUUUCUGAAUAACAGUGUAAUUUGGAACGCAAAAGCUCCAUCCAAGGGUUAUAUAUCUAACGUGCUACAAUUGUCACUGGAUUACCUCAAAUCACAAUUUGACUUGCAUUUUAAAAUUGUACAUACGUAUAACAACCCAGCGUACAAAGCAGUGUUGAGGUUCAUGAGUCUGCACAAAACCCCUACUUCUGGAAUGAUGACUGUGUCCGCCGCAUUAACUCUCUGCCAAGCUGUCAGUGUAUACGGUUUUUAUCCUUUCGUCAUUGGUCCUGAUGUUAACUCACAACGAUGCGAGUCUGGUUGGCUGACGUAUGCUGACCGAUGUUUUUACUAUGAAGAUGCGAACGGAUUGCAUACUUGGUACCAGGCUAAACAAGCAUGCGAGGACAUGGGAGCCAUCUUGGUGGUGAUAGAAAGCGAAGAUAUCAAUGACUUCCUUCAUGAUCUGGUUGAAGAAAAAUCUUGGAUCGGUCUUCAUGAUAUGGGAAAUGAAGGCAAAUUUAUGUGGACCGAUGGAACACUAUUAGACGACAAUGCAUAUACGAAUUGGGAAGAUGGCCAGCCGGACGAUUGGGUGGACAAUGGCGGAGAGGACUGUUGUGAAAUGAAAACCAAUGGAAAGUGGAAUGAUAGGCCAUGUGAAGAAACGUCCACGCGAGAUGGCUAUAUAUGUCAAAAAAGGAUGGAUGUACAAAUUAAAUGUGACGAAGAUGACGGGUGGGCGUCAGUAAAUGACAAAUGCUAUCAGUACCGCGAGGCGGCUAGAAGUUGGGACGACGCAAAAUCAUUCUGUGAGCUCCUUGAUGCGGAACUCGUUGAAGUUGAGAAUCAGAUAGUACAAGAUUACAUCACGAGAUUGGUAGACUCAUCAUCGUCGUCGAUGUGGAUUGGGCUCUCUGACAAAAUAAGCGGUGAGACAGGAGAGUACACGUGGGUUGAUGGGUCGGACACCAGCUCAUACGAAAACUGGUUAGAUGGAGAACCCCAAAACAACGAGGCUGAAAACUGCGUAAAAGCAGCACACUCUGAUAGUGGUCAGUGGAGCACGGAGUCAUGUACAACGGCGUUGCCGUAUUUAUGUGGAAAGGCAGAAGGUUCCUGCGCUCCAGGGUGGAAGAUCUUUAAGGGACAGUGUUAUCAAUACAACACCUACUUCCCAUACACAUGGACCGAUGCUAAACACACGUGUGAUGCACAAGCGGCACACCUGGUUACCAUAGAUACUCAAUCAGAACAAGAUUAUCUUGUCAGUGAGUUUGAGAUUCUGCGAACAGCUGGCGUUAACGACAUAUGGAUUGGUAUAUCCGAUACAAAAACGGAUGGCGUGUUUGCAUGGACCGGGGGUGCUCCCGUGUCGUACACAAAUUGGAAUGACGGACAACCAGUUAACACAGAAGGACAAGAGGAUUGUGGGACAAUAUUUACCGCCGGGUACUCAGGUCCCGUGACAUGGCGAGACGACGGACGCUGUGGUUCUGACUACCCUUACAACGAUGAACCCGCUGAGUGCGAUCCUAAUAGUGGUUACCCAUGUUGUUCUGCUAGUGGUUGGUGUGGCAACACUGAUGAUCACUGUUUGUGUGAUACAUGCAUCGAUUACACUGAAGAAUACGAAAUCGGUCAGUGGGAUACCACAAACUGCUAUAUCCUUCAAGCAUUUGUCUGUGAAAUACAAGUUGGCAGUGAUGUGGUGCCUCUAGACCCUUCUGCCGAAACUGGACACUGUGACGCUGGAUGGGACCUUCACGGCGACUAUUGUUAUUUACUGGAAACUACUCAACUCUCGUUUCACGAGGCGGAAGAUGCUUGUGAGGAAUUGGACUCUCAGUUGUCAAGCAUACUUGAUUCUUCAGAACAGAGUUUUCUCAGUGCCCGCAUUGACAACUAUCGGUUUCCAAUGUGGAUUGGAUUGCAUGACAGGAAUGGUGAACUAGAAUGGGAAUGGGUGGACGGCGAGGAGUACAGUUUCACAAACUGGGCCCCAGGCGAGCCGAAUGACAACCACGAAGGCGGUGAAGAUUGUGUACAUAUGGAGCAAUACGAGCAUAAGACGGGCGGAUGGAAUGACAGGAACUGUGACGAUAUGAUUGGAUAUAUAUGUAAGAAAGAUAAAUCUGUUUUCGAUCCACGGUGUGGAAGCGGUUACGAGUUCAAUCCUUCAACAUCGACGUGUUACAGAUAUGUGCCGGAUUGGGAAGAAACCUUAACUUUCAGUGAGGCCGAGACGUCUUGUAAAAAGGGUGGCGGACACUUGACAAGUAUUGAGAAUUCUGAAGAGCAGACUUACAUCAACGCUCGACUGUAUGGCGCUAACGUUGCUGUAAUGUGGAUUGGAUUACACGAUAUGGGCAUAGAAGGGGGAUGGGAAUGGACCGACGGAAAGCCAUUUGCAUAUCUCAAUUGGGACAAUGGCCAGCCAGAUAAUUGGGAAAAUGGCGACGAAGGAGAGGACUGUGCUCACUUGCGUGUUAGUGCCGGGAAAUGGAACGACCAAGUCUGUACAUUAGAAAUGGGAUACAUCUGUAAAAACAAAGGUGUACUUGUCGAGUAUUACAAUGUCUAUCACAACGCCGCAAUGGAGGGAUACGAUAACAAGCACGUCAGUGGACCUGUUUAUCCCGAGGAGUGCGGAAUCCUCUGCUUGGAAGAAACAUCAUUUACUUGUAAUUCCUUCGAUUAUGAUAAAGUGAAACUAGAAUGUCAACUAAGUAGUGACAAUCAACACUCGGGUGGAGGGCUGACCUAUGACUACCCGGAUGAUCCCUACGACUAUUAUGAAGUUGUCUCGAGACCAGUACAAGUUGUUACCACGCCAUUACCGGAGGGUUCAAGAUGCAGCAAUGGAUGGUCUAGUUAUGGAAAUCAGUGUUAUCUGGUCCAAAACUCGGCUAUGAUUUGGGACGACGCCCUCAGCGUAUGCAGGAGAGAGGGCGGAGAUCUUGUAUCAAUUGCUGACAUCAAUGAAAACAAUUUUGUAUUAUCGUUGUUACGAGCCUCAUGUGAUACUUGGCAGAGCGAUUCAACAGACGACCAGUACGACUAUCGUUGGUCACCUUCACCCAUCGGCAGUACUCGUGUCCAGUUUGAGGUUAAGGCAUCUAACGAUGUCUACAUAGCACUUUCGGACGAUCAAAACAAUGAGGGCGCCAUGUACGAGAUCGUCAUCGGCGGAUGGGACAACACCGCGUCCGCCAUCAGACGCUGCGCUAUGUGCACUGACGAAGUUCACGUGAGCACGCCAAAUAUACUAUCUUCGACUUCGUGGAGAGGUUUCUGGAUAACUUGGUAUAAUGGUGAAGUCAGCGUUGGAGAGAAGGGAAAGAACGCGUUUAUGCAAUGGAAAGACCCAUCGCCCCUGACCGUGAAUUAUGUAGGCUACACUACAGGGUGGGGCAGUGACGGACUGUUCAGGUUCUGCACUACUGAUGAAACUGAUUUUUUUUGGAUUGGCCUACAUGAUCAGGUUGAUCAGAUGACAUUUUAUUGGAGUGAUUCGUCUCCUGUUACCUUUACAUAUUGGGGAACUGAUGAGCCGAACAAUUGGCAGGGAAAUGUGGAAGACUGCGUGAUGAUGUUCAGUCAGGAAGACAAGGCUGGUCGAUGGAACGACGACGGCUGCAGUAAACUGCGUCCCUCGGUGUGUAAAAAAGACAAAGAGGUUCUGCCACCAACAACAGCCAGUUCGGGUGACUGUGCAUCAGGAUGGACAUCCUUCCACACGUCAUGUUAUCAAUUUGAAUCAGAAUCUCCACAGUCAUGGGAUUCUGCGCAAAGUCGUUGUCAACAGUCUGGUGGUAACCUGGUCACAGUAAACGACAACGUUGAGCAAGCUUUCUUGACAAGCCAAUUGACGUCAAUCGUCAACGGAGAUAUGUACUGGAUUGGACUAUCUGAUACAAAUGAACCUGGUACCUAUGAAUGGGUGGACGGCCAACCAGUACAAUACAGUAACUGGGACAAUGAACAACCAGAUCCAACCACUGGGGACUGCGUGGCGAUGGCUUCAGGUAAAAUUGGCGCUGGACUAUGGAGUGGUAUUCCUUGUGGGGAGUCACAUGCGUAUGUGUGCGAAAAACUGAAACCCGGAUAUACACCUGUACCCGGAGACGUUCCUGUAACAAGUCCCUCGGACAAUGGAUGCAGUGCUGGUUGGACAGGAUACGGAAAUAACUGUUUCAGGGAAUACGAGCAGCUUGGAGACUAUGAUAGAAAGACAUGGACGCAAGCCGAGGAGUACUGCAAAAAUAUGGGCGGGCAUUUAGCCAGCUUCCACAGCAAUGAAGAAGAAUUAUAUGUAAUUGACAAUAUAGGAACAGACAACUGGUGGGAUGGUUUCUGGAUUGGUUUGAAUGAUCAAGAGACAGAAUCAGGCUUUAAGUGGAGUGACGGCUCAGCUGUAUCCUAUACAAGGUGGAACGACGGAGAACCAAAUGAUGCAGAGAAUGAAGACUGCGUUGAAAUGUUCUUCAGUACAGAAUCGGGAUGGAACGAUGUAGACUGCGAUAGAAGGAGAAAUUGGAUCUGCAAAAUUCCCAAAGAUAUUACACCAGUCACAUUACCACCACCAAUCACGGCAACAAAAUCCGGUGUAUGCCAUAGUUCUCUGGAUUGGUAUUUGUAUGAUGAGUCAUGUUACUACUUCAGCGACCCUAGUGACAGCAUUAAUGGAAGACAAGGAUGGUCAGACGCACGUUCAUAUUGUUAUUUCAAUGGCGGUGAUUUGGUUUCUAUUCACAGCGUGGAUGAACAGCGAUUCAUACAUCAAAUGCAACAAGAAUCGUCAUGGAUUGGGAUACGUGAGUAUGGAGCUGGCAAUACUUAUGAGUGGUCGGAUGGAACUCCAGUUGAUUAUGUGAACUGGGCAGAGGGAGAACCCAAUGACUCCAACGGAGAAGAGCAGUGUGCUGAAAUGAGGAAAGGUGAUGGCUCCUGGAAUGACUUAAACUGCGGCGACCGCCUCACAUUUGUUUGUCGGAAAUACGUCGGAGCCCCAUUGCCCACUCACGAUCCAACGUCGCCAACUAGCGGCAAUUGCCCAUCGGGAUUUAUGGAAUACGGAGGAAAAUGUUAUUCGUUCAACGGAGAAGAUGCCGGGGAUAUCAUUGAUUGGUAUGGUGCGCGUGAUAGGUGCCGUGCGCAAGAUUCUUUCGGUGGUGAUCUCGUGACCAUCCAUUCUCAAGAAUUGCAAGCUUUUCUCACAAGUAACCUGCGAGAUAUUCGCUACUCGAUGUGGAUAGGAUUAAGUGAUACUAUAGAUGAACAGAGAUAUCGAUGGACUGAUGGCUCGCCUGUUAAUUAUUAUAAUUGGAAUUCUGGCGAACCCAACGGCGGAGACCAGGAAAAUUGUGUUGAAAUGCAUUGGGGUGGCUACGGUGGGUACUGGAACGACCAUGGUUGCAGCAACGGAGCUGGUUACGUCUGUCAGGGAAACAGAGAUCCUUCCUUCCCAGAACAAACUCAGGCACCAAACCCAUGUAAGUCAGGAUACGAGUUUUAUUGGAAGGGUUGCUACAAAGUACUAAGUGAAGAUUACAGUUUCAACGAUGGCUUGUCGGCUUGUAGCGCUGAUGGUACCAGUCUUGUUAGCAUUGAGGACAUAUACGAACAAGCCUACGUAGAGAUGCUGAUGUUACAGACUGGAAAAGAAGUGUGGAUUGGUCUCACAGACCAGAAGGUCGAAGGCGAGUACGACUGGACAGAUGAGACACCAGUUAUAUUUACCCACUGGGGCGAUGGUGAACCAAGUAAAGAUACUGGUGAAGGAUGUGUUAUGAUGAAGCAGUCUGGAGCAUGGGAUGACACGACUUGUAACACCAAAACAGCCGCAGUGUGCAAAUAUUGGAUUGGUGACCGUCCAACAACUCCUAAACCAUUAGGGGGCACUUGUCCAGAGGGCACUGAGUGGAGAGAAUAUGCAAACCACUGUUAUAAGUUUGACCAAAUCGCAAAUCCAAAGAACUGGCCUGAAGCGUCGUUCGAAUGCAGUACGAUAGGCGGAUAUCUCGUAACGAUUGGUAGUCAAGAUGAAAACGAUUACAUCCAAAACCAAUUACUGAGUGAAACGCGGAAUGUGUGGAUUGGUAUGACACGCAACUCGGCUGGUGGGUUUGUAUGGGUGGACGAAAGUGCUGUGUCGUAUUCUAACUGGGCUACUGGGGAACCCAACGAUCAGGAGUCACAAGAAGAUUGUGUUGAAAUGUAUAGGUCUUCUGGAGAAUGGAACGACGUGGACUGCUAUUGGACAAAGGGAUUUGUAUGUAAGGCUAAUAAAGAGAACGUCGGAGAAGGAUCAUCUGAAGCAAGUACUGGACUAAGCGGAGGAGCUAUUGCAGGAAUCGUUAUUGGUAUCAUUCUGCUCGUACUACUGGUUCUUGUCUUGGUAUACGUCGUUAUAAUGCAACGAGAUGGUCGUCUGAACAUGCCGAAGAUGCCUUCUUGGCGAUCAUCACCUAAAGGUGGCGCCGGCACUGUUGGUUUUGAUAACCACCUGUAUUCUUCGGAAGACCCCUCUGUUAACAUAAGUGACAAAGCUUCGAAUAAAAUGGAAGCCAGUGAAGAAACUAUCAGAAGAUGGUUACUAUCGGAGCCAAAAUACGUUGAACACUGGUAUUGUUUUGACACCAUCGGAUCUAAUUUUUUUGAGAAAAUGACUUUGGAAAAUCCACACUAUCAUCUUUACAGGGCAGAAAAGGAAAUCCUGAAAAAACACGCAGAUGAAAUCGUCUCGCAUUUGCAAGAUGUUAGCGUUUGCGAGCUAGGUUCUGGAAAUUCCAGUAAAACCACCCCUCUGUUUUCAUCGUUAUUGAAGAACAACAAAUCAGUCACUUAUAUUCCGAUAGAUGUAGCUAAAGGAAUAAAAUGGAAGCCAGUGAAGAAACUAUCAGAAGAUGGUUACUAUCGGAGCCAAAAUACGUUGAACACUGAUGAAAUCGUCUCGCAUUUGCAAGAUGUUAGCGUUUGCGAGCUAGGUUCUGGAAAUUUCAGUAAAACCACCCCUCUGUUUUCAUCGUUAUUGAAGAACAACAAAUCAGUCACUUAUAUUCCGAUAGAUGUAGCUAAAGAUUUCAUGGAACACCAUGCAGACCUACUGAUGAAACAAUUCCAUGGUUUGGAAGUGAAACCGUUCCAUGGGCUGUACGUCGAUGGUUUGCAACAUAUCAAGUGUUUAAAUCAGAAAAAGCUGAUACUAUUCAUUGGCAGCAGCUUUAGUAAUAUACCAGUACACGAUAUGGAAUCGUUUUUGACGACAGUAAAUGAGGCAAUGGGGAACAAUGAUAGACUGCUGAUUGGUAUCGACAUUAAACAACAUGAAGACGAGCAAGUUCAAACGUACUCACAUGCCACACUUAGUAAUUUAAUUCUGAAUUUGCUGACACGAAUAAACCGAGAAUAUGGAGCAGAUUUCAAUAUGAAAAAUUUUCGUAUAGAUACCAAAUAUGUUAUGAGUGAGAAUAUGGAUACAUUCAUAAAAAGACCACAAUAUAUCAAGGUCGGAUGCCAGAGCACAUGUGAACAAGUCGUAUAUCUACAUUUCAUGGAACACCAUGCAGACCUACUGAAGAAACAAUUCCAUGGUUUGGAAGUGAAACCGUUCCAUGGGCUGUACGUCGAUGGUUUGCAACAUAUCAAGUGUUUAAAUCAGAAAAAGCUGAUACUAUUCAUUGGCAGCAGCUUUAGUAAUAUACCAAUACACGAUAUGGAAUCGUUUUUGACGACAGUAAAUGAGGCAAUGGGGAACAAUGAUAGACUGCUGAUUGGUAUCGACAUUAAACAAAAUGAAGACGAGCAAGUUCAAACUUACUCACAUGCCACACUUAGUAAUUUAAUUCUGAAUUUGCUGACACGAAUAAACCGAGAAUAUGGAGCAGAUUUCAAUAUGAAAAAUUUUCGUAUAGAUACCAAAUACGUUAUGAGUAAUUUGGAUUUGAAGAUACAUUUCAAAGAAGGGGAGGUGAUUUAUGGUCACGAGCCAGACAGCCUAAGCAUAAAAUGGAACUGGGAACAGUUUGAAGAUAUUAUGAAAAAAACUCGAUUUUCUGUUGAAAAAAAGUGGAGUGAUGAUCAACAGAGUUUUGGUGUAGCUUUGAUGAAAAAAUUGUAA